UUCCGGAGAUAGCCGAGAGUUUCCGUUCACAUCCGAAGCAGUCACCGGAAGUUGCCGAACUCCCAGAGAAGGCGCUGUUGAGGCCUACUGUGUGAGGAGGUCCUGGGCUAGCAGGCGCCACAUUACAACCGUAGCUAGGCCGGACCAGGGGACGUCCUCCUCCCUUCUCCGCAGCUAUGUCGGACUUCGACGAGUUCGAGCGGCAGCUAAAUGAAAACAAACAGGAACGUGAUAAAGAGAAUCGUCAUCGUAAACGCAGCCACAGUCGUUCACGGAGUCGUGACAGGAAACGUCGCAGUCGUAGCCGUGACAGGCGCAACAGGGAUCAGCGCAGUGUUUCACGAGAUCGCAGGAGGCGCAGAUCUCCUCUAAGCCUGUCAGGUCCUCUAAGCCGUUCUCCCCGGCAUGAGAAGAAGAAGAAAAUCCGCAAGUAUUGGGAUGUCCCUCCUCCAGGUUUUGAGCACAUUACACCCAUGCAGUAUAAAGCUAUGCAGGCUGCAGGACAAAUUCCAGCUACAGCCCUACUACCAACCAUGACUCCAGAUGGGCUGGCAGUAACACCUACACCUGUGCCUGUAGUCGGUAGCCAAAUGACGCGACAAGCUCGACGUCUCUAUGUUGGCAAUAUCCCUUUUGGAAUCACUGAGUUCCGUUCUGUGGAUGAAACUACACAGGCCAUGGCUUUUGAUGGGAUUAUUUUCCAGGGACAGUCACUGAAGAUCAGACGCCCCCAUGAUUAUCAACCACUUCCUGGCAUGUCUGAAAACCCAUCAGUUUAUGUGCCAGGUGUCGUUUCCACAGUGGUCCCAGAUUCUGCUCAUAAACUGUUCAUUGGGGGUCUGCCAAACUAUCUUAAUGAUGAUCAGGUCAAGGAAUUGCUCACUUCCUUUGGACCUCUAAAGGCUUUCAAUCUGGUGAAGGACAGUGCCACUGGCCUGUCAAAAGGUUAUGCCUUCUGUGAAUAUGUGGACAUCAAUGUCACAGACCAGGCCAUCGCGGGGUUGAACGGCAUGCAGUUGGGUGACAAGAAGCUUUUGGUGCAGAGAGCCAGCGUGGGAGCCAAGAAUGCUACCCUGAGUACAAUAAACCAGACCCCAGUGACCCUGCAGGUACCGGGUCUAAUGAGUUCACAAGUACAGAUGGGCGGUCAUCCAACUGAGGUGCUGUGCCUCAUGAAUAUGGUAUUACCUGAGGAGCUCCUGGAUGAUGAGGAAUAUGAAGAGAUAGUUGAAGAUGUCCGUGAUGAGUGUAGCAAAUAUGGUGUUGUCAAAUCCAUUGAAAUCCCCCGGCCUGUUGAUGGAGUUGAGGUGCCUGGCUGUGGAAAGAUAUUUGUGGAGUUCACAUCUGUCUUUGACUGUCAGAAGGCCAUGCAAGGCCUCACUGGACGCAAGUUUGCAAACCGGGUCGUUGUGACCAAGUACUGCGAUCCUGACUCCUAUCAUCGCCGAGACUUCUGGUAGCCCAGCCCUUGAAACAGCCUUGAGGGCAUUUUGUGGAGGCAGGGGCAACUCGCUGGCCAGAGAGGCUCCUUUAGCAGCAUAGCCUGUUUAUAUUUUAUGGCCAAAAUCUGUAUUUCCCCCUCCCCUUUCCAUUUAUCCUCCCAGUUCCUUUCUUUUCUAAACCUACCAUCAGCCCACCCACCCAUGCCCCCACUGGUUUCCCAAUGAUGGUUACUCUGUAGUAGAAGUGUUGUCUCUUAUCCCAUAUUUUCCCUCUCUCCUUUCUCUGUGAUGUUUCAGAUUUUUUGCUAAAAGGAGUUUUGCUGUCAAAACAGUGGGCCUGUUUUUGUUGUAUUUUCCUUUCUUCUACGCUGUGUGUAUGGACAACUAUUUCUCUAGUGUUGUCUCUCAUAAUUAAAACUUU